AUGAAAGCCCAAAUGUUCGGUUCAUGGGCCUCUCGACAAAAAUGGGCUGGCGUGCAGAAUUUUGGCCCAAGCAGAAGCUCUGGGUUUGGGUGGGACCCAACCACAAAGAAAUUCACUGCUCCUGAAGAAGUUUGGAAAGACUACUUUAAGUCCCACCCAAAAGACACAAGUAUUCAAACAAAAACUUGUGAGGACUAUGAGGAUCUGAAAAUUGUAAUUGGGAAUGCAACUACUAUUGGAAGAAACUCAUUAGGAUUAGGUGAUGAUACUGAUGCAAGAACUUUUAGGGUGGAAGAUAGACAUGUUGGAAUAGAGGACUUUGUCUUUGAUGAUGAAAGUCAAGCUUUUAUACCAAAUCAUAAUGAACCACCACACCAAGAUCCACCACUCAGACAUUCUUCUUCAUCAUUACUCUUUCAGGCCACUAAUUGUGAAGGUCCCUUAGAAAGCUCAAGCUAG